AUGGCCGAGCCGGGCGCGGCCGCCGUGAGUUGGGGUCUCGCGGGGGCUGGAGGCGCGACGGUGGGGCGGCCGCUGACCUGGUUGUUGCCGCAGGGCGAGAACGGCGUGGGCGGCAGAGCGGUCCGCGUGGGCACCCGCCGGAGCCAGCUGGCCCGGAUUCAAACUGACAGCGUAGUCGAGGUGCUCCGUGAGCUAUACCCCCACCUCCGCUUUGAGAUUGUUGCCAUGUCAACAACUGGAGACAAGAUCUUGGAUACAGCGCUUUCCAAGAUCGGGGAGAAGAGCCUCUUCACCAAAGAGCUGGAAAAUGCACUCGAAAGAAAUGAAGUUGACCUUGUGGUUCACUCCUUGAAGGACCUGCCAACUUCUCUUCCUCCUGGCUUUACCAUUGGCGCUGUCUGCAAACGGGAAAACCCACUAGAUGCUGUCGUCUUUCAUCCCAAAAACUGUGGGAAAACACUGAGCCUCCUUCCUGAAAAGAGUGUGAUUGGAACCAGCUCGCUUCGGAGAGCAGCCCAGCUCAAAAAGAAGUUCCCUCAGUUAGAAUUCAGGGAUAUCAGGGGGAAUUUAAAUACCCGCUUAAAGAAGCUAGAUGAGAAGGAAGACUUCAGUGCCAUCAUCCUGGCUGCUGCUGGGCUGAAGAGAAUGGGCUGGGAGAAUCGCAUCGGCCAGCUCCUAAGCCCUGAAGAUUGUCUCUAUGCUGUUGGACAGGGUGCCUUAGCAGUGGAAGUUCGUGCCAAGGACCAAGAGAUACUGAAUAUGGUAUCUGCCCUGCAUGAUGUGGACACUGUGUUAUGCUGUAUUGCUGAGAGAGCCUUUAUGAAACGUUUGGAGGGUGGAUGUAGUGUCCCCGUUGCCGUCAACACUGUGCUGAAAGAUGGCCAGUUGUAUUUGACAGGAGCAGUCUACAGUUUGGAUGGCUCCGAUAGCCUGAAGGAGACUAUGCAGACCAGUGUUAAUUAUCCCCAACAGAAUGAAGAUGGACCGAAUGACGAUGUGCAGCAUGUUGCCAUCACAGCCAAGAAUGUCCCUGGUCAGGCCCAGGAAGCUGCAGAGAACCUUGGUGUCGAAGUAGCUAGUUUACUUCUGAGCAAGGGAGCUAAGCAUAUCCUUAGCGUGGCAAGGCAGCUCAACGAUGCCCGCUAAGCUGGUGGUGCGGUCGGCGCGAUUGCUACAACUGUAGCAAGUCCCUGCAGCUACGCUGUGGUCCUCCUUGGGAGGAAGGGAUUUAUUUAAACGUUCGCACCGGUCUUAUCUGAUAUUUGGGCACAAAAACUUGAAAUACUAAGUUGACUAACUUGAGUAGUUUAUGCUGUUCAGGGUUUUUGUCCCUCUCUGCCCUUCUCUAAAUUGCAAAGUGUCUCUGUGAAGUUUUUUCAACAAUUUUUGUAGCUAGAAAGUUUUUAAAAAAAAAAAAAAAUUAAAAAGCCCCCCCCCCCCAACUGUAAGUGUUAUCCUAUUCCAUUUAGGAACAAGGCACUCAUUUCAGAUUGUCAUCGGGAACUCAGCUGUGAUGGUAGUGAAGUGCUGUACCGUGCUGACGGUACUAAAGUACUUUCGGUAAUCAUUAUUUGGGCCCAUUUGCUCAUGGCAACUCUGAAGAGGAAGACUGAUGUUGGAUUCCUAGUACUGGGUUCCUCAUAGUAAAAAUUAGCUGUGUUCAUCAUAGGUGUCAGUUAAGCUAAGAAAUUAAGUUUGCGGUUAUCAUCAGAUGCAAAUUUGUCAAUUGGCCGGUAAUGAAUUGGGAAGUAAGUGGACAGUGUCUAGUUUCCCUUGUAUGCUUGCCUUUAAAGGCAAUCUGAGAUGGGCCUUUGUCUAUGCUAACUGGGAGGUGAAGAGGAAGCCCAAAUUUGGGCUGUUGUGCCUUUCUUUGUAACUGUUAGCCCUUUCCUUGUACCGUGGCUCCUCGCACUCGCUACCACGUCUCGUGCAUUACAGUGCCUUGUAGAAACACUGAAACGGCACCUUACCGGGGCCCCGGUUUGGAAAUGAAGUAUUGUUUAUUCUCUAUGCAAUGUCCACCGAAUGUAACAGACGAUAAAUACAGUUACGUCAUAAGCACCCCAGUGUAAGUUUAA